GCGGACUUGGACAGUUUUAGCGUCUGAGUUCAGCCGUUGUAAGAGUUUAACUGUAAUGAGCUUCGAUCUGUUUAAAUGAACAUUUAGUUGGACUUUGUGUUUUGUUGUUUACUUCCUGUUCAGACUCAGCCUUGGUAGACCACAAAGCUAGCUUAGCAUGCUAACUGGAGGCAUAUGUGAAGCACAAUAGCAUAGCGCUAGCUAAUGUUUGAAAAAUUUACUAGUGUUUUAACUGCAGAAUACGUUAAGUUUAAUUGUGUGAGUAUGUCUAAAGUGGAGACACUGAAAGUUUUUGUCAACCAGAGACUGUCCGCGGCAGCUGACGAGAUUUUUGAGCUCUUUGAAAGAACAAUAGCAGAAUAUGAGGAACAACUUCGUCGAUCUAAAGAGGAAAACAGACAUAAACAAACACGACUGGACGCCGUUUCUAACCCCCAGCGUCACAGAGCAGAUAUCCAGCAGCUGACAGUGCAUCAAGAAGAGGUUCUCCCUGAGCAGCAGGAGUGGAGGCCCAGUCUGGACCAGGAGGGCACUGAGCCUCCGCACAUUAAAGAGGAAGAGGAGGAACUUUGGAGCAGUCAGGGGGGAUUGGAGGGGGGUUACUCUAUCAAGUUCCCCUUUGCUCCUGUCUCUGUGAAAAGCGAAGAUGAUGAAGAGAAACCUCAAAUCUCGCAGCUUCAUGAAAUACAAACUGAAGAGAUUGAAACAGGAUCUGAUGGAGAGGAUUGUGAAGGAGCGGAACAUGCCAGAAACUCAGAACAAGAGAGUGAUUUACAACCAGAGACUGAGUAUAAGAUUGAAGACUCCUCUGAAGCUGAGACAGAUGUCAGUGAUGAUUGGAGCGAGGCAGACAAACACCAGUCAGGUUUAGAUUCUUCAGAAGACUUUGACAAUACGAGUUCAGAUAUUGAGAAGAAAUCAAACAGCUGCUCUGUGUGUGGUAAAACAUUUGAACAUAAACAUAAACUAAUCAAACACAUGACAAUUCACAGAGGAGAAAAACCCUUCAGCUGCUCACAGUGCGGUAAAAAAUUUGGACAUAAAGGACAUUUUACCCGACAUAUGUUGAUUCACAGUAAAGAGAAACUCUUUAGCUGCCCCGACUGUGGUAAAAGGUUUAAACGAAAGUCUUGCCUGACCAGACACAUGUUUCUUCACACAGAGGAGAAACCAUUCAGCUGCUCAGAGUGUGGCAAAACAUUUAAGCUAAAGUCAAACCUUACAUCACACAUGUUAGUGCAUAAUGGAGAGAAACUCUUCAACUGCUCUGAGUGUGACAAAAGUUUUAAGCAAAAGUCUUGUCUAAACAGACACAUGUUUCUUCACACAGGAGAGAAACCCUUUAGCUGCUCUGUGUGUGGAGUAAGAUUCAACCAAAAAGGAAAUCUGACCUCACACAUGCUUGUCCACACAGAAGAGAAAUCCUUUAGCUGCACUGAGUGUGAUAAAAGAUUCAACAAGAAGGCUAAUCUGACCUCACAUUUGCUUGUUCAUGCAGGAGAGAAACCCUUUAGUUGUUCUGAGUGUGAUAAAAAGUUUCAGGACAAGUCUUAUCUUACUAAACAUCUGGCUUAUCACAGAGGGGAGAAACCCCUCAGCUGCAGGCUUUGUGGUCAACGAUUUUCAUGGCAUGUGCAGUUAAGAAGACACAUGUUUGUUUGUGGUCAGUCCUCCUGUGGAUUGUUGUCGUUUUUGAUAAAUCCAGCAGCUGUUGGAGAGCUUCCACCUGAGCAGCGUGAUAGGAGUCCAGGUCUGGACCAGCCUCCACACAUUAAAGAGGAAGAGGAGGAACUGAGGAACUGUCAGAAAGGACUGGAGGAACUCAACACCACAAAGUUCCCCUUCACUCCUGUCCUUGUGAAGAGUGAAGAUGAGGAAGAGAAACCACAAAUCUCACAGGUUCAUCAAACACAGACAGGAGAGGUGGAACCAGGAGCUGGUGGAGAGGACUGUGAAGGAGUAGAACAGGCCAGAAACUCAGAUACAGAGAGGCAUUUACAUUCAGAGACUGAGGACAAGGAUGAAGACUCAUCUGAAGCUGAGACUGAUGACAGUGAGGACUGGAGGGACACAGCAGAAUAUCAGUCUGGUUUAGACUCACUGGAAAAAAUCAAUGAUAGCAGGUCAAACACUGACAAAAGAUUGCAUAGCUGUCCCGAGUGUGGUGGCACUUAA